AGCUGGGAGAGAGAUAGAAAGCAACUCAGACAUGCAGACUGCACAAACAGAAAGAUGAGGACAGAGGGAGUGAGAGAGAAAUGAGCGAAAGAGGCUGAAGAUAUAUUUGACCGUGUGGGUGUGUGAAGUCUCGAGGCAUGCAUCAUAAUUGUGGCUUCUUCUUCUUCUUCUUGGAGCAGCUGCACAAGUCACUACAUCAGCAAGACAUUGGAGGUCUUUCAAAGUGUGCUGUUGUACUUUUAAGCAGUCAGAGCUGAAAGGAAAGACAGCGACAAAAUGGAAACCGCUUUGUUUCUGCUGCCUCAAGGACUUCAUUAAGUGAGAAUCUGAAAACACUCAGAGACUGAAGUCAUGUCAAAUAAUGAUGUGUGGGAAAUGAUGAUAUAUCUGCGCUGUGAGUAACCCAGAAUUCAAGUCAAGAAUUCAUCUGAGAUGGCCGUCAGCCCUUUUGUCAUCUGCCUCCUGACUUUGAUCAGCUGCAGCUCGUCUCAGCCCACUCCCCCGCCUCCCCGAGGAUGCAGCGUGGGCGUGGAAGCCCCCUACAGAGUGCUGUGUGACCUAGAAGCGGUCUGGGGCGUCGUCCUUGAGGCCGUGGCCUGCAGUGGCGGCCUCACCUCUUUGGUUCUUGCGGUGUUGCUCAUAGUCAAGCUGCGUGGGGUUUCUGACCCAGCCAGGCGCUCUGCCCUCGGCCCUCUGCUCCUGCUCCUGGGGACCCUCCUCGGCAUCUUCACCAUCUCUCUGGCUUUUUUGGUGGGGAAGACCCAGGUGCUCUGCGUGGUGCGCAGGGCCUUUUGGGGACCCCUCUUUGCCCUCUGCUUCUCCUGCUUACUAGUGCAAGGUGUGAGACUCAGGAGGCUGGUGGCCGGGAAGUCAAGCCCCACGGGGAGCACGCUGGCAGCGCUGGGACUGGCAUUGGCUUUGGUUCAGGGGAUAAUCUCUGCUGAAUGGGUUCUGUUGACUGUCGUGAGAGAGGGUCACCCAGCAUGCGAGUAUCCUCCCUUAGACUUUGCUCUGAUGUGCAGCUACACUCUGGGCCUGCUCCUCAUAGCCAUGGGUCUCUCUCUCGGAGUGGUGCUCUGUGGAGGAGAGUUUGGAGAAGAUGGAGACGGCAGAGAAGAAGAUAGAGAAGGAGAGACUGAAAAGCGACGAUGGAAGUGUAAUGCCGUCUGGGUCUUUCUGUCCAGUUUGGCGUCCGCAUUGCUUUGGGUGGCCUGGCUGGGGUUUUACCUUUACGGCAACCAGGCGUUGAGAGGGAAAGGGAGCAGGGAAAGAGGAGGAAACAAGGAUGCAAAAGUAUUGGAUGAGCCUGCACUGGCUGUGGCCUUGGUGAUCCAGGGCUGGAUCUUGCUGCUGUUCCACGCUAUCCCAGAGUCCUACCUGUGUCUCCAAAAUCCAACACAAUCUGACACACAAGAUUUCUUCGACACCGGACGCGCGUCACCUGCUCCUCAUUUCGGAGAUGAUCACCCCGCACAUUCUCACCAGUCUUUUCAAGAAAACCAGGCCUUCUCAAUGGAGGAGCACAGUGCAACUGUCCGAAGUGGAACGUACCACAGCGGCCAGGGCAGCAUGCGCCCAGGCAUCGCCUUCAGAGGCCACGUCUACCAACCGACUGAGAUGGCUCUGGUCAUGAACGGCGGUACUAUGCCCACAGCUCCCAUUAACUACACCGGAAGGCGCUUAUGGUAACACAAGACAGGAUUACAGUCAAGCCACUUUUGUGAUGCUGAAGAGUUUCCUGUUACCUAAGAAGAAGAAAAAGUGUUUUAAUGUGUUUGUGUUUCUGCACACAUGUUUUAAUAUUAUAUUUAAAAGACAACUGCAAAUAGUAUUUCAGACUAACUUUUUAGCUUAUUUUACAGAUCGAUUUGACAGCACGACAUAAGACAAGGAUGGAGCAUAGUGGCCAUAUAUACACUGAGAAAUACAUAAAUAUGAGGAACAAGAUUUAUUUGAAUGAGAAUUACUGAACAUGUUGAAUCUGGACAUGUGAAAGUCAACCUUAAUGUGCUGAAGUAAACAUCCUAUCUAAGCACCUCGACACCAGUGCCAUGGCAACUGGUUUCUGUUAAUAAGUGAUGCUUACUUCAAUAAACUGCACUUUUGUCAAACUCAGCCUUUUAGGACUUUAAUGUAAAUGACAAGCAGAUGCCUACAAAGCUUGCUUAACCUCUGUGUUGCAUUUCAGGGUUCCUUCUUAGUGACCUUCUGACUCGCUGGGACACUUUGCCACACUUAUUUAAAAACGUUGGAUUUUCAGGUGCUGUUAAGGGGUAAAGAAAUGUCCCAACUUAGUAGUUAUAUUUUAAGUGUUAUAAUAAAAGCCAUUUGAUACUGCAAUACCUAACCUGCACAGACAGUCAUCAGUACAGAGAUCAUGGUGGAAAGGUGAGAUUAAAGAUUGUUUAAGUUGCAUGUGAAAGCACAAUGUGGGGGAACAGUAUUUUAUCUAAAUGUUUGCAUUUUAUGGAUGUUUUUUUAAGUAUUUUUUAUUUAUACAAACAUUUAUGUGUACUGUAUACAUAUAUAUAUAUAUAUAUAUAUAUAUAUAUAUAUAUAUAUAUAUAUAUAUAUAUAUAUAGAGAGAGAGAGAGAGAGAGAGAGAGAGAAAAUGGAGUUGCUUGUUACAAUGGUUUUAUAGUCAAUUUGUCAUCAUAGAUAAAGAAUUAAUCAAAUCAGUCAUGUCUAUUUAAAACCAACAUAAACUGGAUGCUGCCUUAUUAAAGAAAAAUGACACUGAUUGCACAUUUUCUCAUAAACAAAUUAGUAAUGAUCAAAAUGAACCUAAAGAGCAUGCUAGACUUUUUUUAUUGGCAAAUUUGGAGGAUUUGUGGUCCGCAAUUUUAUAAAAAAAAAAAAAAAAAGAAAGAAAAAAAAGAGAGGUGGUUACAUUUUCUACAUUUCCUUUGUUUAAUAUUAAAGAUGUCAACGCUUAGAACAACCCCAAAUACUCCACUGUGUUGUCCUGGUAGUCAUGCAUGUAUCCAUGCUUCUUUAUUUUACUGUUGGAUUAUUAUUAUCACAAGUUACACCAGUCAAAUUGGAAGACUCUUACAUGCUAAUCUUAUUAAUAGAUGGAUCUCGAUGAAAUGUUUGUAUCAUCAAGAAAUUAUUUGCAGCAGCUGUUCCAGUACAACACUGAACAUGACAUACCAUAUGCUUUCACUGCUCAUAGACGGCAUGUUUUUGGUAAUUAGAAACUUUAUGGCUUACAGCGAAUGAAAACCCAAAAAUCCAGUUUCAGAAAUCUGAACAUUGCAUACGACAAAUAAAAGAAGCAUUUUAAUAUAAAAACAUAUAACCUAAGGAAAGCUACUGGACAGUUUGUCCUCUCAGUAUUUGGCGUCAGUGCAACACGGCAUGGAGGAGACUGGCCUGCAGCUCUGCUCAGCAGUGAAGGAAGUCCUGCUUGCUCUAAUAGAGUCACUUCGCUCUUUUGCAUCGCUGGCUGUGGUGUCUCUUAACUUCAUGUAUACAGUCAGCGCAGAUAACUGGAAAGGUUCAAUAAACAAUUUGUUAUAUGUUUAUUCUUUAUUUUAACUGCUGGAAAAUACAAAGAUAAUGUUUAUUGAUCCUAAACUGUGAAUUUAUUUAAAACAAAUAUAUCUUAUGUAUGUUGCUUCUAUUAUAGUCUUAUUGCUUUGAUAGCUCUAGUUCGAAACAGCUUUUCAAACCGGUACUUCAAAACACCAUUUUGUGUACGUAUGAGUAAAGGUUUGUUCAGCUUCAUCUCCUGAGCGACAGUGAAUUCAAGCUGAGACAGUAUAUCCAGUUAAAGCGUUGUGUAUGCGACUGUGACCAGUCCUUUUUGCUGUAACUCCAAUCAAAAAUAAGUAAACUUGUCAAUGGCUUUGUUUUUGUGUGCAGGUGAGUGCUUGUACAUUCUACAAUGAAAAUAUGGGAUCAAUAUGUAAAACUCUGUCUAACCUGCUUUUUAACUUUUACUGUAAAGAAAGAAUGCUUUUCAGAUGGGUUUAUAAGAACAAUACUGUCACUGUUUUCUGGCAGCGUUAAAAUGAAUGUUUGUAACGUGACUUGCACUAAGUGGCUAUUACAUCCUUUGCACAGUU